AACCUGUAAUUUAUAUAUUACCAAUAAAAUUGUAAUUGUGUAAUUGUAAUUGUAACCUACUAGGAGUGGGCGAUACAAAUCGUAUACAGAUACGGAAUCUAGAUAUUGGUACAAUAUCCAAAAAUCGCUUACUGACUCGUUCGAAAUCUAUGUAUUACAAUAUCUGAUAUUUUAGAUUCAACGAAUACUCGCUCACUCGAUUUACCACUACGCGAUACGAUACGCGUCGGUCGCAUGCGAGUGACAGAGCGCGUGAGACACAAAUAUUACACUAGUUAGAGCAGUAUAGCAAUACACAAUAUCAGAUUUUUGAACGGAUUGUAUUAUUAUUGUUGAAUGGACAGACCAAAUGUCAACAAAGCUUAGUUUCAAAUAAAUAUUAAUCAUGGUAUCGAUAUCCAUGAUUUGUUUAGAUUUUGUUUAUUUACGCUUGAACUCGAGCGCAUUGUUUUAGCAAUAUUAAAUAUUCAUUAUUUAAUUGUGUCGGAAUAGUUGCCGAAUUUUAAGAUCAUGGACGAGUCACCAGGACGCUCGAAUCGAGACUCCAGUCGGCGUACACUGGAGACACCCAGUCGAGAGGAUCGCUGACGAAGCGGCUUAAGUAUUCACAAUCGGAAUCGACACGGAGACGAGCAAAACCUUCUGCUGGGUCGACAGAGGGCACAGAUGCUGGAGCAGGAGUUACGCCGAGAGCGUGAGCGACUCCGUGCGACGGAGGACCGUCGUCGAUCAUCGACACGAUGAGUCAGCGAGCGUCGCGAGCCCUCCGGACGUCGGGAAGCCGAGCGUCGAGUGGAGCUACGUGCCAGCGCGCGCCGUGAGCUCUCCAAACGUCGGGAAGCUGAGCGUCGGGCAGAGCCAGGUGCCGAGCAACAUAGCAACGCAGAAGAGAAUAUAAGGUCACGUAGUCCAUCUUUUUCUAACAAUGAUCUUGUUAACGUUUUAAAAUUGCUGACAGAGGAUCUGUCGUCACAGCCACAUAAGCAAAAUGCACAGUCGUCUCAAAAGAUAGAAACAUAUUACCUAAUUUUGACCCUUCAACUAAAAAUCAACGUAUUGAUAUAUGGCUGAAAAAGAUCAACGAAUGUGCAUCCGUAUAUGGUUGGGACGACAGAACUACUACUCACUUUGCAAUGCAGAAACUCCAAGGCCUGGCUAAAAUGUGGUACGAAAGCUUAAACUCUAUUCUUUUCAGUUGGAACGAAUGGCAGGAUAAAUUGAUAAAUGCAUUUCCUUGCGAACAAAAUUAUGGCCAGACCUUAGAAGAUAUGCUAAAAAGAAAGAGUAAAUUCAAUGAGCCUAUUGAGGUUUAUUAUUAUGAAAAGCUUGCUCUCGUGAAUCCAUGUGAUAUAGUAGGAAAGCGUGCCGUGGACUGCGUUAUUCACGGCUUGUCAGACAGGACUCUUAGAUCAGGUGCUUUGGCAUUACGUUGCAAUCACCCUGACCAACUUUUGCAGUUCUUAGUGAGCAAUAAAGAUACUUUUCAGCCUUCAGCGGACCGCGGUCAUUUUCGUAAUAAACUUUUAGACAGUACACAUCAGACUUAUAACCAAAACCAAAAACCUAAAGUUAUAGCUAGAUCGGGUCAGCCUAUUGGCUGCUAUAAUUGCAAGGAAAACGGGCAUACCUUUUUACAUUGUCCUAAACCUAUAUUAAAGUGCCAACGAUGCAACAAAAUCGGUCAUACUAUAGAAACCUGUUUUAGCAAGUUAGGGGAAAAGCCAACGAAUACUAGCGCUACUAUUUCAAAAACAAUGCGUAUAGAUUCUGUCGAACAAGAUACUAGAAACACAACCUCCAAGUUUAUAAAAGAGGUUAUUGUUAAUGGGGUGCCCCUACAGGGGUUCAUAGAUUUUGGGAGUGAGGUUACUUUAAUUAAGGAGUCGGUAACCAUGGAGUUAGGCUUGUUUCAUGAUAACACGUCGUCUCAAAUGAAAGGUUUCGGUAAUAGUGUUGUACAAUCUCUUAGAGAGUUGUCGUUCGAUUUGAGUAUAGACGAUGUCAACGCCAGAGUUAUUUGUAAGGUAGUGUGUGACGACUUUUUGGAGAAGCCUUUGUUAAUUAGUCAGACUUAUACGGAACUUCCCCAUAUAGUUGCUCAUAAAAAUGCUUCGGAAUUGAAAUUCUUUGAUAACUGCGAUAAAUUACCUUUUUCUGAUGUUGAAAUUGAAAGUGGAAACUGUUUAAAGGUUCGCGCUUUAGGAGCUGUUAAAUUUUGGGGUCCUAUUUCGAUCAGAGCCAGCGUUGAUUCUACCAUUAGUGGCAGUAUUUUUCUGAGAAAUAGUGUAGCAGGAAAACCCAAUCAACAAUUUUCAGUUUGCGGAGGACUUUAUAAUGCGACAAAUGGUCGUGUAAGUAUAUUUGUAAUUCCCCAUGAUAAUUUCUGCUUAAUUCCAAAGGAUAGUAUCUUUUGUAGAGCUGAAAAGGCCUAUUUAGUUAAUAGGGUUGUUUUUGAGACACUUGAACAAGUGAGUGAUCCUGCUGAUAGUAAAUUCGAUGAAAGUCAGGUUCGCAUUUGCCAAAAUAUACCUGUUGAUACCAGGAACCGAUUGCUUUGUUUGCUCCGAAAGUACAAGUAUUGUUUUGCGUCAUCUUUAAGGGAUCUAGGUUGUACUAACGUUGCCCAAAUGAAAAUAGAGCUUAGCAGUCAACGUCCUGUUGUGUACCGCCCGUAUCGAUUGUCACAUCAUGAGCGCUCUCAAGUCCGUUCAAUGGUAGAUGAAAUGUUAGAAGCAGGUAUAGUGCGCGAAUCAUCUGAUUAUGCUAGUCCUAUUCUGCUUGUGCGUAAGAAAGAUGGGUCCCUUAGAAUGUGUGUAGAUUAUCGCAUACUAUAGCAGGCAAACAUCGCCGGAAGAGAAGAAUUUCCAUUCAUAUGAAUUAGAAACUUUAGCAGUAGUUUGUUCCCUACGAAAGUUUCGAGUUUAUUUGCUAGGGAAAGACUUUAAAAUUGUUACAGAUUGUAGCGCUCUUCGGUCUACUUUUACUAAACGGGAUUUUAUUCCUAGGAUAGCGCGCUGGUGGCUGCAAUUGCAAGAAUUUAAUUGCACAAUUGAAUAUAGGGCCGGAACAAAAAUGGGUCAUGUUGACGCGUUAUCCCGUAAUCCUGUCGUCGAUCCCUAUGAGGAUCAAUCUGCUAAUCCUCUAACAGUUAUGGCUAUUUCAAAUGAAGCCUGGUUACAUACCCUCCAGCUUGGAGAUUCAGAACUUAGAAGGAUUAGGGAUAUUUUGGAUAGUAAUCUAGAUCAGAAAGGCUUGCAAAAUAUUGAGGAAAAUUAUUUGGUCAAGGACAACAAAUUAUUUCGUUUUGUAGGUGAAGACAAGAAAAAUGUGCGCUAGGUAGUACCUAAGGGUGCGAGAUGACAAUUAUGUCGAAUGAAUCAUGACGAAAUCGGUCAUUUUGUAGUUGAAAAGACUUUGGAGCGAUUAAAGAAAAGCUAUUGGUUCCCAAAAAUGACACGAUUCGUUAAAAAAAUUCGUGAGCGCCUGUAUAGAAUGCGCAUACGCUAAAAAUAAGCAAAGUGGUAGGAAAAGUUUUCUUCCUAUAACAAAAGUGGAGGUACCUUUUCAUACACUACAUAUUGACCAUCUCGGACCCUUUGUUAAAUCCAAGCGAGGCUUUUCUUACCUAUUAGUGGUCGUAGACGCUUUAACAAAGUUUUGUUUUAUCAGACCGGUUCGAAAUACGCACACUCAAAAUGUAAUAAGGGUGCUAGAAGACAUAUUCAGGGUAUUUAGAACUCCUGAUCGCCUCGUGAGUGAGCUGCUUCACGUCACAUGUGUUCAAAAGAUUUUGCCUAGAUGUAGGUAUUAAACAUGUCCUGAAUACUGUCUCUAGUCCCCGUGCAAACGGGCAAGUCGAGCGGUAUAACCGCACAAUUCUCGACUCUAUGAAGGCUUUCAGCGUAAAAUAUGGCGAAAAAGAAUGGGACUGUC